CUAGUCGGGCGGGUUUUCAAGCGGGGCUGGGACACUGCCGGUGGUUUGUGUAACCCCGGGACAGCCGAGCGCUGGGACGAUGAGGAAUGCCGGGCGAUAUGCAGUCAGUAAGGGAGCUGUACAGGCUCCUGGGCUUCCCCAGAGAUAACUUUGAGAAGGUGGAGGAAAAUGCCAUGGAAUGUGGUGAAGGGAUGAAUGGAGAAGGGAAUCCAAUCAAACUCUCCUCCAUUCAGCAGGACAAUGGAAUCAAGUUGGACAAACACAUAACAGACCAGGAAAGAGCAAAGAAAAAGGCAGAAAGGCGAAGAGCCAAAAAAAAGCGUCAGAAAGAGAGAAGAAAGCAGGAGAAAGGAAGAAGCAAUGAGGAGAACAAACUGGAAAAGGAAGACAGCGAUAGUAAUGAGGAGAUUGAAACAAUGAUUAAAAUACAGAACAUUCCAGAAGGAGGAGUGGAGACCUCUGAACCUCUAGGCGUCUUUGAGAAUGGGGAUUCCUGCACUGUACCAGGCCCAGUGAUGAUGGAUGAGGAACCUGAAUGGGAUAUCAGCAGUGCUUUCGUUGCCAAUGCUGCCAGUCAUAUUAGACCCAAGGGCAAAGGCAAAUCUGACAAAAAAUCGAAGGAAAACAAAGAGAAUGAGACCAAAAGCCAUGAGCUCAGUGAUUUGGAUCCAUUAAUAUUGAAAAGCAGGCAACUGGCUGAGCAAGGGAUUGACCUGGUCAAACAAGGCUACUACUCUGAGGCUGUGGAACUCUUUACAGAGGCUGUCCAGUUUGAUCCCAAGGAUCACAGGUAUUUUGGAAAUCGAUCCUAUUGCUAUGACAGACUUGGCAAGUACAAUCUCGCACUCGAGGAUGCUGAAACCUCCAUCAGACUCGCUGCUGACUGGCCGAAAGGUUAUUUCCGAAAGGGAAGAGCACUCGUUGGAAUAAAGAGGUACGCUGAGGCAGAAUCUGCGUUCGAACUGGUCUUGCAGCUCGAUAAAGACUGUGAUGAUGCUGUUAAGGAACUGUUCAAAGUUCGUAUGUUUAGACUGAUGAACAUGGGUUUCACUCAGCAACAAAGCUUAAUGGCCCUCCAGCAGUAUCAAACUGUCGAGGCUGCUCUACACUCUCGUUUAGAGUUGAAUUUUCAACGGCCAAAUUCUGGGACCUUGGAGAUCCCUGAGGAAGAGGACUGUUUAUACUUGAUCGAUUGUCCUGUAAAUGGGGAUCAAACUGAGUUAACUUGUGCGUCAUUGUGGGUUGGAAAUGUCACUGUUUACGUCAAAGAGAAGCAGCUUAAGGACCUGUUCAGAAAUUAUGGGGAGAUCGAAAGUAUCCGGGUGCUACACGAGCGUUUCUGUGCAUUUGUCAACUUUAAGUGCCAUGCAGCAGCUGCUAAAGCAUUGGAGGCAUUGCAGGGCAAGGAGAUCGAGAACACAAAGCUGCUAAUUAAAUACCCUGACAGACAUCUGAAUAAACGAAGUUCUCCAUUGCAGAAACCCUCUACCCCAGUGCGAGUGUCACCUCAACCCAUAAGUGGGACCACAGCAUGUGGGUCAAAACGUCGAGGCCCGGUUGACGGCGAUGAAUGCUACUUUUGGCGUACGACUGGCUGCCAUUUUGGAGACAAGUGCCGCUACAAACACAUCUCUGAGCACAGAGGAGUUGACAAGAAACCCUGGCAGCACUGAAGGAGGCCCAAGUCUGCUCAGAGACCAAAUAAAAAACCAAGUAUUACGGAUGCACUAACUUCAACAGAACCUUCCAUAUCUCAGGCUGAUCUGGCAUCAUCAGCAUAUCAUUACAUCCAACAGUUUCUCAAUGGGAAGGGGAAUUUGGAUAUUUGCACUCCAUAUCAGGCCUGUUUGAUUAAGUACGAGUACUGAGGAAAAAUCAAUGUUUAGACACUCCAGUUUUGGGGGCAUUUUUCAAAAUUGCCACCAAUUUAAAACUCUUUGCCUAAAUUUGUAUGGUAUCUGACACGCACACACACAGGCUGACACUCACACUCUCAGACACACACGCGCGCACGCACACUCACACUCACAGACACA